CACUGCACAGCCACCACCACCAAUUUCCAGGAAAAGCUCACUCACGUCGUCGUCAAUUCCCGAUCAUCACACGACGAACGAGCAGCAAAGCAAGCACAAGCAGAAAGGUAUUCUCGGAAUCAAAAUUCUCAGAAAUCUCACACAGCAGUCUCAUCGAGUGCUGGCUUUGCAAAGUGAAUGUAUUUUAGUGAGCGAGUAGUUCCAUAUACAUUUCUGAACUGACACUGGUUGCAUCUCAGAGAGAGAGGAAUAUUUUUAUGUGACUUUUUUUUGGUAAUUAAAAAAAAUGUCACUCUGGUCAAAAGUGCAGAAUUUGUCGGGGCCAGCUGUUCAAAAGGUGCACUGCCUGUAUGGUGACCAUUUCCCUAUAGAAGUUCGCUAUGUGAUGGCAGGAUGGAUAGAGGAGAGGGUCGCAAAAAUGGACCAGAUCGACCCUGACAAUCCCAGUCACGAAUCCUAUAUAGCACAAUUUGUCCAAGCGUUAAUCACAGAAUUGGAAUCGAAAGCCAAUUCAAUGGUCACGGAGGAUCCGUAUCUCAUCAGAAUCAAACUUGUCAAUGCCGCUCAAGGAUUUAGGCAACGCUACACCCUGGAUCCGCUCUCCUUGUAUCGCUACAUCCGUCACUGUCUAACAAUUGAACAAUCACUCGUGGAUUCAACGACCACACCCUCCACUGCCGCUGCUGGUGGUGUCACUAGCUCGUCGUCCUUGGCAUAUCCGCACGAAUCCCUCCCUGAUCCAAAUACAACGCCUGAAAUUAUGGAGAAAUUAUCCUUAAUUAAACACAAGACGAUGGAGACGGGGGAUAUUUUGCGAAGGAUGGAACAAGAACAGGAAGCGUUCGCGUUGAAAUGUCACGAUAGGCAAAAGCUGGAGGGGAUCAUUCACCUUCAUCGAAUGCAACAAGGACAACCACCAACUCAACAAAGUCUAACAAUUGAGAAAAAUUUCAUCGAGCAGAAACAGAGAUUAGAAUUUGAGUUGAAACAGAGGAUCACGACCCUGCUCUCCUGCAAAUCAGAAUUGGAAGAGAAAAUUUCCACCACGGUUUCCACGCUGUCCGCUUUGCAGUCCAAAAUAUUAGACGAGGAACUCACCCGAUGGAAACGGGAACAGCAAUUGGCAGGAAAUGGUGCUCCUUUGACCAACAAUUUGGAUACUCUACAAUCAUGGUGCGAGGAUUUGGCGGAACUAAUUUGGCACAAUCGUCACCAAUUAAAAGAAGUGGAACGACUUAAGCAAAACAUUCCCGUUUUCAAUCAACAAGCUGCCCUUGCAAGUGGUGGGACUGGCGGUGGCGAUAUGAUGCCUGCGUUACAGGAGAAAAUUACACAAUUAUUGAGCAGUUUAGUUACUUCGACAUUCAUCGUGGAAAAACAACCACCGCAAGUUAUGAAAACCAACACCAGAUUUACUUCGACGGUCCGCCUGUUGGUCGGAGGUCGUUUGAACGUGCACAUGACUCCACCGCAAGUGAAGGUAGCGAUUAUAUCGGAGGCUCAGGCUAACGCACUCCUUCGUCAGGAUAAGGGCGACAAGCCUUGCGAUACUUCUGGCGAGAUUUUGAACAACACUGGGACAAUGGAGUACCAUCAAGGCACCCGCCAUUUGAGCGUCCACUUUCGAAACAUGCAGCUCAAACGGAUUAAACGAGCAGAGAAAAAAGGAACAGAAUCCGUCAUGGAUGAAAAAUUCUGCCUCCAUUUCCAGUGCCAAUUCACGGUUGGGGAAAAGGAGCUCAUUUUUAAGAUCUGGACGUUGUCACUCCCAGUUGUGGUUAUUGUACAUGGAAAUCAAGAACCACACGCGUGGGCUACAGUCACGUGGGACAAUGCUUUUGGAGAACCGGGGAGGAUGCCCUUUCAGGUCCCGGAACGCGUGCCCUGGUUUCGUGUGGCUCAAGCCCUGAACGUGAAAUUCAAGUCCCUAACUGGUCGUGCACUCACGGAUGACAAUCUACGAUUUUUAGCAGAAAAAGCAUUUCGGUGCACGACACCCACUUCCCCGCAUCCAGACUAUCUGACGUGGUCGCAGUUUUGCAAGGAACCGCUGCCGGACCGAAACUUUACAUUUUGGGAGUGGUUUUACGCCAUAAUGAAGUUGACGAGGGAGCAUUUGCGUGGACCGUGGGUCGACAGCAGCAUUUUGGGUUUUGUGGGGAGGAAUCAGGCGGAAGAAAUGCUCGGACAAUGCAACUCGGGAACUUUCCUUCUUAGAUUCUCAGAUAGCGAGUUGGGAGGUGUGACUAUUGCGUGGGUUCACAGUGACCAAAAAGUGUUCUCUUUGGCUCCCUUCACUUCCAAGGAUUUAUCAACACGUUCCUUGGCUGACCGUGUGAACGACAUUGGUCACCUGAUUUAUCUCUACCCUGAUAUUUUGAAGGGUGCGGCAUUUGGAAAGUACUACACGCCCCUCCAAGAAACACCUCCCAGCGGAAAAGGCUACGUCAAGCCCCAAUUAAAAACACACAUUCCGGGCCUCGGUGACUCCCCCGAGCAUCCAGCCCCGACAUCCACUCCGACCCCAUCAUUUGCCCCGCAUUCUCAGCAGUUGGGAUCUCCCUAUUCUCAGGGUUCAAUUUCCCAUCCUUCCACCCCACUGGGUUACAAUUUUAACCCGCAUUCUCCUACUCACGGCGGUGGUGGGGCUGGGAUGAUGAACCCAUUCGAAUCAUCCGACAAUUUCGAUGGUCAAAAUAAUUUGGCAAGUGAUCCCUUCAUGGAUUUGGAGUCUUUGGAACAAUAUGCUGGGCUUAAUCUUGAUGACAUUGAUUUGACUGUCGCCAUUGACUCGUACAUGAAUUCGGUCGCUGGGAUGGCCGCCAUGGGUGGAUUCAAGCAGGAAAAGGAGUAGUUUUUAGUCACUUUGAAUUUAUUAAUUAGAGAUAUGCCUUAGUGGAGAGUGGAGAGAGAGAGGAUUUAAUAAAAAUGACAACACUCUGUACCUUGCAAUUUUCUUUUGAGAGAUUUUUAUGAUUUUUUGGGGAAUAAAAAAAUUUUGAGAAUUUCA